AUGGAAUACGAGACAAGAUUUCGGAAGCAGGCCUUACCGAUGGUGAAACUCUUCCCCCAACUGCAACAAGCCACUCGCGGUAGCAGCAGAACACAACACCUUCAUCGUCAUGCGUCUAUGUUGAGGCAACUGCCCCUCCAUCCGCGCGCUCGGGCAGGUGAAAUGGGCGAGUACGCUUCUGUCGCCGAUUGCGGUGUCCAGCGGAAGGUGAGUCCUUUUCAUAUAUUGAUCGCGUUUUUAUGCCGGACGGCGCAUUACGGCUGGAACAUGCCAACCGGUUCAUGCGAAAAUGCUAGAUGGAGAUAAUUAUAGAGGUUUCAUCUUCCCUACGUCGAAUGACGGUAUUAUCGGGGUAUUACCGAUGAGUUGUCGAAAAUCAAAGGUAGUCCGUCUUCUUAACAGCAAGACCGCGCCGUAAGAGUUCCAUAAUACACACUUAAACCUUUGUUUAUACUAAGGCCGCAGCUGAAUGCGAACCGCGCCCAUUGUCAUAUGGGCAGCUUGUAAGGCAUUUGUGCACCAAAAGUGUUAGUAAUAAACCCCUGAAACAGAACCAGUGAAAGAUUGACAGGCGAGAUAAAGCUUUUUAAUAAAAAAUUAAAAUCAUUUCAGAAGAGCAUUUGGCGAGCUCAAGCGUACUUUCGAUAAAUUCUCAUCGGGCCUGUACAUUUAUAUGGGAACGAGGUACAAACUGAACGUGUGAGUGAUAAAUACAGACGAUUACGAUUCGCCCUUGCAUACAAACGGGGUAUGUGAAUAGAGUAAGUGGGAGGGGGAAGGAAAGGAAGCAGUCAGUGACAGUGAGGGUUAGGUUGAGCCGUGUCACAAAGGAGGGGGGGGGGAGGGAAGGGAGCGGGGGCGCGGAGACCUGCAUAUAUUUAAUCGAUCCUGGUCUACGGUAGACGCGGAGCGUGCAACAGAUUCUUCUGCGCGUACAGGACCGCCCCCUCAGACAUUCUUGACUAUACCGAAGCACUAGAGAUACUCUAAUCCUCGGAGAUUGCAUAUGUGAAGAUAGAUAAUUAUUAAAGGGGAACUUGUUUGGAAUGAUAGUUUCUGGCCUACUUACCAGUCAUAAUUCAGUUCCAAGUCAAAAUAACUAGACCUCAGAACUGAGUUCCUCAUUGUGUCAGCACCCUGCUACUGAAUCAGGAGCUCGCUACCUGCCGGCAGUAGUAAAUGGGAGUGGCGUUCAUCAAGCUCUCCUGACUGCCAAAUUCAAAAAAAACUUCUCAGUUUUGCCCAACACUUCGGUUUGAAACACAUGCACGCGGUCACACAAUGACGGUCAGUGCACGACCGUGCAAGCCUUUGUCCACAUGGCUACACCUAUUAGUUUCGACCGAUACGGCCACCCACGGCACGGCUGCAGCUCUCAAAACCAGUGUAAAGGAAAGGUGGGUAGGACUCGGGAAACUUUCGCCUCCAUCCGCUCAUAAAAUAGAGAACACACACCGCUAAGGGUGGACAACAUCGGCCCUCGGAUACCUGAAGAGGCCAAGACAAACUCCAAAGCAUUGCUAGUGACCCACCUUUUACGAAGUCGAGGCAAUCCGCUAUUGUUUACCCUACUCAUGACAUUACACAUUGAAUAACCAAACAUCUCCCUCUAGGGGAUCAUCAUACAAGUUUGAAAUAGACUUGAAGCUAACACCACUCAUCUUCUCCCCCUUAGAAAACAGAUCACACGUCCUACGACUGUUCUUCUGGGGUAUUGGCGACCAGUCAGUUUCUGACAAGAAACCGCCCUUUUUACUUUGCGUGCAAUCACCUUUAAAGAAACCAACAUUUGUCUGGUUUAUCUCAUUGUAACUUUUCUACACAUGUUGCAGAUGCGAAAACCUGCAAUGGAGAAACGGCGUCGUGAGCGGAUUAAUGUAGCCCUGGAGGAACUGAAGCGCCUUGUUGCCGAACCCUUCCUUAAAGAGGUAAGAUAGUCGGAAUCUGGGAGAAGAGACCAUAUUGCUAAGAAAGGACAACAUAUUAGAACAAUAGGGGCCAAAAAGGCAUAACCUUCAUAUGCAGUCGAGGCCAACAAGCGUAACUAGGUAAUAUCCAACGAUUAUAUGAAUAAGAAACGCCAUUGGGUAUUUUUAGAAUCCACGGGUUUCGGUAGGUCUUCCUAGCUCAGGUGGCUGGAGCGUUGACCAUGCUCAAGUCUUGAUUCUGCUGUCGUGGAUUAAAAUAUCCCUGAAAAGUUAAGCGAGGGAGACGCGCUGGACCAACACGAGGGCCAGAUCUGAGUCGUGCAGGCGUUAUCGGGGAUGCACACCCCAUAACAAAUGCCGACAUUCAGGGCGCGGUGGCAGGCCCGCUUGGUUUUCCCUGCCCGCGGGGUUUUCUCAAGCCUUCAAAAAUGCCUAUGGAUCCGACGUGACCUCUCCAUCGCCACUAAGAUUCGCGUGUGCCGCGCAUCUGUCCUUCUCUACGGUUGUGAAUGCUGGGCUUUGAGCGAGGAGGACGAGCGAAAACUGGAGGUAUUUGACCACCACUGCUUAAGGACCAUCCUUCGAGUGAAGUUCACGAACUUCGUCUCGAAUGGGACAGUCCACGCUCGCUGCGACAGCAUCGCUAGGAUAACUCAGGCCAUCCAAGAAAGACUACUGAGGUGGUUCGGGCAUGUUCUUCGUCGUCCUCAUCAGGAGGUCAGUGUUACUGCUCUCGAUCCAGCACCGUUGCCCCAUCGGAGGCUCGAAACCUGACUCGACACAGUUCGUCAAGACAUGGAGGUGGUUCUUGUGCCUUCGGUAUUCGGUCUCCGUCGUUGGUGGAGGGAAUGGGUUGAGCUGUCCAGAUCUGCUGCCGCAGAUCGUCACGCGUGGAGAGGUACAGUUCGGGGCAUCAUCGAGGCCGGCUAGAUCAGGCAUGAUCGCAGCCGUAUCAAGUACAAGUACAGGCCCAAUUGUCGUCUAAUGUCACACCAACUGGGAUCCCUGCUGUCGUUUUUUAAAAUCCUGUUCAAGUGUUUGUUAUGGAUCAGGGGAUGUGAUGGUACGCCUAGGUGCAGCCUUUCGCCCUGCCAGCCAUCUUUGGCCUCUUCCACUCCUGCUCUUCUCAACUUGGUCAUGACACUGGGCUGAGGUGGGACAUGGGAGAGUGCGGUGGAUGCAGUGCAAGUCUGUCGUCAUCAUAAAAUAAUUCACGAACAGGUCACCGUCCACACUCAGCCUACUCUGGAGCACAUGGUGAACUUCGUCGAACCCGACAGUCGAACUAUCGCGUUCGAAUGCCAUCGAGGCCGCCGAGUUUUUAUCAACCGGAUCAAAUGAAUGUAAUGUGAAGGCAACGCUGCUUACCUCGGGCCUGAUACUUUCCUGCCUCAAGUGACUUCCACCGGUAGACCACAUCGUUUGCAAAGAAUAAGUUGAACUAUCAUGCGGAAGUAGACCAUGGGAGCGUGGGGGUGGGGGGUGGGGGGAAGAGGCAGAAGGGGGAAAUACCGUCAAAAGUAACGCCUUGAGGGUUUAAUAUCAUAUUUAUUCAUUUUAGAGGUAGUUAUUUUUUUCCUAACUACCGACUCUAUCUUUUGUGAUUUCAGAAUGCCCAGAAAUUAGAGAAAGCAGACAUCUUGGACCUGACUGUCAAGUUUGUGCUCGACUGCAUCACAAGUGAGUUUCGGAGUCUGUGCAGAUAAUUGUAAGUCAGAUACGGAAAUACAGACCCGCCGUACAGCGGCUGGUCUUGCGCUGAAUUCUCAGGAGUACCUAUUCCUUUGUCUUUAGUUAAACAGUAACUUUCCCAACCCUGACCCCUCGGAAUUUGGACGAGGCCACCUGUAAUAUGAGAGACGUCAAAUUCCCGUGUCUGACCGAAUUUUUUUCAUGCAGUCCCUGCUGUCAGCAGGAAAAUCAGUACUUUCAUCUACUCACUCCAUGAACUCCUCUAAAUUUUGGCAGCCUUUAACGAUACCACCUAUGCUUCCUUAGCGGAGCAUAGGUAGCCGCGCCUGAUGGAUAAACUACUGUUGGGGGUUAGGGUUAGAAGUCCAGGAUUAGGGGGCUAUGGUUAGGGGUCAGAGUUAGAGAUUAGAGCUAGGGGUUAUGGUUAGAGGUUAGCGUUAGGGUUUAAUGUUAGGGCGACUAUUUCUCAACCACUCGAAGUACAACCGCGCAUUCCCAAUCGCGUUUCCUUUGCAUACAAGUACUUGACGUCGUCGCCUGUGCGUUUCCCGGCCCGCCUGUAAAAAACCUAUUACCGCCGGUCCAGUAUUAAAGACGGCUGCGGGUUGCUUACCUCAGGUGCGGCCUCAUAACCACAUCCGACUAACCGGCGGAUGGGAAUAAACGAAGGCUUUCGUCUAUACGAAACCGAUUUUUAUGUCUGCCUUCCAGACUUUCCACAUGGACACCAUCUGAAACAAUAAGCCAUGGACAGAGAAAAUGCAGAAAUUACAGUUUCCCCUAGUAUUCUUCAUUGCGACCUACAUUUUGUUUUAUUAGUAGCAGAUUGUGCAUAUUUUCUUUGAGAUCAGUGCAAAGCAGGGAAAUUAAAUCCAAAAACCCAGCCCCGAUUUGCUUCUCAUCUGUACUUGAAGCCUUCCGACUGGAAACUGCAGCCGCCUAGUAUUAAUUUCAGGUAGGACACAGGAAUAGGGAUUCCCCGUAAUACAUGUAGCCUUGCGCAUAAUACCCGAGAGAUUGGGAUUAGUGGAAGGACUAGAGUCAAGGUUCGGGAGAGGAUAACCUCGCAAUUUUGCGUAAGGUCACCUGAAUUACGGGGGUGGGGAGAGAAGGGGAUGGUUCCUAUUCCCGUAUCCUAAGAAGGCCAGGUGCAUGUCAAAAUGCGAAAUGUAUUCACCCCCACAAAUAGCGUGCGUUCGGAUACUGACUUUAGGUUGAAUUCGUUUGACCUACAGUAAGGCGCUUACAAGUUCCAUCAUGGAGAGAAGCUCUCGUCCUACGUGAAAUUUGCUCAGUUACUCAGGUCUAGUUGUAAAGCAACGGUACAGAGGUAUUCAGGAGCUAUUAUAAAUACAGAAAGAUUGUUUAAGUGGGACUGCUGAAUUAACCGACGCGGAAGCAAGUUUUUUGGAAAAAAGUGCCGCUUAUUUUGUAUGUGUGCAUCGUUUCACUGACUUCCUUUGCUUGUGUAAAGGAUAGUUCAAAGAAAUCAUCGUGAAGAGAGCCAUCUUUAUUCUAGUGGCAUUUUGCUACUUAAGGAAUUUAGUUAUGUUAGAAACACAGUCAGCGUGUUUACCCGUUUCCACUGUUGAUAAAAUACCAAUCCUAUGUUUUGUUCAAAAAAAUAAUCAAGUAGAUCGUUAUUAUCCCGUAAGUAAACACAAGUAUCCAACAGGGUUUUAAUGAAACUCGAUUACCCGGCGCCUUUUGUCAGUAGAAGUAAGACGCCUGCACACAGUUGUUUGCGCGAAGACUCUCGGUGAUAAAAACCUUCUCAAUGCCCGAAUAUUUUUGGGCUUGACUUGCCGUUGCACUUGCGAUCAGUGUUUUCAAACUAAAAACUGCACAUCUUCUCUGUAAGGAAGAUGUCAUUUGAGGCUUGUUAAAUUUUGCAAUGUGUUUGGACCAUGUUGCGUACUUAACAAACAGCAUUGGUAAAUGAACGGAUACGAUGCUUUAUGGGUAGCCAUUUGACACUCCUAGAAAAUCUCAUAAUUAGAAACUUUUCGAAAGCGAAAAAUGUUCUUUCUUCAAGUAUAAAACUUGAAAAAACGCAGUUUGCUGCCAGAUGAACAGAGGACAAAGUAUUUGCUCAUCUAUUCCAUAAUGUGUAUUCGAAUGUAUAAGGGUAUCGAAAAUCAAUGCGAAAAAUGCCUAUUACUUACGUGAUCAUCCUCAUAAAAGUUAGCUUUUGCAAGUGGCCGGAGGGAAGCUUAUUCGAAAGCAAGCUCAUUUGAAAGCGGACAUUCUGAUAUGACUGAAGUGUUUUGUGAUUAUGUUGUGCGUCAAGUAGUCUUUUGGUCCUAUUUAGGUAAUAUUUUCUAAUAGAAGACACAUUGAAAAAUUUAGGUUAACUUUCCAUAUCACAGCACACGUACUGUGCAAAAAAUACUUCAAAACAGUCGGUACUGCAAGCCUGUUUAAGUUAUUACUCCAAUCAUGGGAUCGAUAUAACGACCACAGUAAAUAUUUGUGAUUUUAGGUAUUUGUGAAAUAUUGGGUACACCUACCUCUGGCUAACUUUAUAUAUAGUGGGCGGAGGCUCUUGCGUAAAUUGCGUUAAAACUACCAUUAUUUAAGUGAAAAACAGGAACCUAUUUUCUUCAAAAAUUAAAGAAAUAAGUAUGCGUAAAUGUUGCAGUUUUCAGUUCAUUUAGUGUACACCCAAUUUCCGUCCUGCCAACAGGAAGUAAAAAGCUCACCAACCAGUCAGCUAACUGGACACAAAAUGCCCAGUGGAUCAGUUUUAUGGCGGGAUACACUGCUUGUGAGUCCGUCCUCAGAGACCUCUUCCAAACUCAACGCCAACUCGCAGACGACUGCCUGCGUCGAGCGCUGCCAACUGACCUAUUGCCUCUCUUGCUCUGCCUGCUGGACAAACAGCGUCAACCAGCUGCUGCCAGUUUCCUACGCUCACUCGAGCCCUCUUUGUGUCCCCCAGCGCACCCUCAGCGACUCCCAGACCACGAGUCAUCCACCUCCAUGAUGCUCGCAAAUCAGUGUCGCCGUUUUGAUUCUGUCUCGAGUAGUACCGCAGCGCCGUCCGCAUCGGCGGCGGCGGUGGAGACACCACAGUCACCGGAAAUUAACCAUCCCUUGCAGACUGCGACGACAACAUCGCCACAUUCGUCGUCGUCGGAGCGUCUCGCCUUGAAUGAGGAGCGUACUCCACAGCCAAGUGUAGACAAAGGUAUCUCUCCUCGGAAAAGGUCCUUAUGGAGGCCAUGGUGAAGUGGACAAAUAAAGUACUUGCUUUUUUCAUAAUUAAACGCAUUGCAGUGCCAGUUUUCUUGUUUUUUUUCGGGAAGUCUUAUUGGUACAGUUGAUGAAAAGGGGUGGACGACUUCUGCACCGUUUACAGUACCGAUAGUUCCCAGGAGGUAGCUUUAAGGCAAAAAUGCGGCAGUCUUCUCUGGCGAGUUGUCUUCUUUCCCUGGAGGCUGGAUUGAAGACUGCUCGGUCGGAAUCGUUCAUAUUCCCCCUUCCCCGUCCCGCGUCAGAACAGGGAAUAGAAAUGCUCUUCCUCCAUUAUACAAGUUGCCUCGAGCCAAAUUCCAGAAGGGGAAAAUAUCAAAGCGAUUUUCCUGCACCCAUGGGCGUUGCUACAGAAAGCAGGACCCUUGAAAUAUGCCCAAGUCAACUUUUUUACUAUAUUAAUAUUUGGUCGCUAUCACCGAUCCGAAAAAAUGAACUGACUGGUGCAGGGGGAGGGGGGGGCGAUUAACGGAGCAACUCAGCUGGAGAACAAAGUCCGUCUGAGUAAGGAAAUUACUGGUGGAGCACCGGAACGAUUCGUCUAUUAUUUCGAGCUUCCGAAUUCCUGCAGAAGUUCAUCGUUAGAGACGACAGCAGCAACAGAACAAGCAAUAGUCCAGUGGGGUGUUAACUGAUCAUCGACCACUGACUCAGGUCUACGGGUAUGGAGAAGCCAGACUAAUGUAUCGGUUGACUGACUUCUCAGGCGAGACUCAUGCUUUGGUAGAUUCUCGCUGUGGGCGAUUAUAAAUACUGCGAAUUUGACCCGUUUCGAAGGUGCGAGCAGUCACUUGCGAUGUGUACUGACAAAUCCUGCCUACGCUCAUGUGUGCGCGACCCCCCCAUGCAUAUAGGCUGGCCUGUGUAGUUGCAAGGGCAGUUUAGGCACCGCCCUUGGCACUUACUCGGUCUUUAAUUUUCGGACUGAAUCCUAGUCCGCAGCAAUGCGCUUGGCCAUUUCCUGAAUCGUUUGUGGACCACCGGAUGGUUUCUCUAAAAACGGAGGAGUUGCAUGGUGUUCAUAGCCCUCCUGCAAACGGUUGUCUCAGCUUCGUCGUUAGGACGUAAACUGACGAGCAUCACAUCUUGCUGCUGGAGCGAUUAAAGGCGAUCUAGCGCCCUCGCGCUUCCGGAAAGGCCAUUUCUGACCUAUUAGCUGUUAUCGGACAGUUGUACUCUGAACACAGGUCGGAAGAAGGGAGGUUUCAACUGGAGGCCUUUGAGGUUAACAUUCUGCCAGCAGAGUCAGUGGACCUGAUUUACCGGUUGCGAGAGAGAAUAUUUAAAUUCACAUUCAACAGCACCGAGACUAUCUGAGGUCUGGCUAAUAACUUCAGUAGUCCCACCGAUGACAGAACUAGUUGUUUCACACAUCGUCACCUGUCGGUCAAAGGUCGACGGUCUCAUACACUCGAAUUGCCUUCCACAAUACCCACUGGUUCAUUUAUCGGUCUAAUGGAGUUUUAUCUGGAGCGACAGCAUUCUUUAGUCCAAUUAGGUAUGAAAAAAGAGAAUGGUGUACUUUUUACAGAAGGGCAGAAUAGUUCAAACGACAUCCCCUUACCUUCUCUUUCGCCUAAUAUUCCUCCCCGGACAGUAAAUUGGUCCUGGCAACCAAAUAGUUCUGACUGACAACCACUGAAUUUAGUGCACUAAUUUUAAUUCGAUCUGCGACAUUGCGCCUGUCAGAUAGGCUUGGUUUGUUAUGCUGAACGCUUGUUCCGUGACUGGCCUCACAUAUGUUCAGCCCACUGAAUCAUUCUACACGCAAAGGCCGUGUUCUGAAACUUGCUGAUUUCCAUAAUCAAAAUAGUUAUCAGUACAGUUGUUUUCAUUUACGCGCGGCAGUCAAUGACCAGUCAGCCUUAUUUUCAGUAUUAAUCAUCAUCGCGGUCGGGAACGUAGUAUCCGUUCGAAGUUGUAGAAGAUAGUAACCAACACGGUCUUCAAGUGGUCGUCUCGAUUUCGUUAUGCACUGGUGAUCAUCUUGCAGAUUUCAUGCUAUGGUAACUUAUCCAUUUUAAUGGCGGCCUAAGUUGUGCUUGAGUCCCUUCAUUUGCCCACCUUGCAUUCUUUUAGAAUUAUGUCUUUCAGUAUCUCUGCCGAUCACUGUUUUCGAAGCUGGAGAAGUUUAAUGAUUGUAGGGGGCGCUCGCCGAUCGUUCUUACGAAAGUCACUCGUUCCGUUGUGCCUUAUGGACUCUCUCUCGAGCCCAACCAGCAAAUGCACAGCGGCGCGUGUUAUAGGCAGUAUGUUAUUACCGACAAAGACUAGAGACUGGAAUGGCUAUUUCUGGCUUAUUAGCCGACGCCAGACAAACAGUCAGUUUAACGAGAUCAGUCUCGUGCAACGACACUCCAACAUCACCCGUCAGUUUGACUGUCACACACGACGAUAGCGGGCGCAGGUCGGUGACAGGCGCGUGGAUUGGUUUGUAGCCAUAGCAGACUUUCAACGCAUCUGUCUCGCUCUCUCCCGCCUCGCACACGUGGGCUGGACGCAUAAGAAAGACCGGAGACGGACUCGGACGAAAGCAGUUAAACAUUCUGUCUACGCGUGCCCAGCACGAACUAGUCAACGAGCGACUGACCGGGUUUACUCAGAAGCAAGUGAACGGCUCGGAUCCCCUCUGAACGGGAACGCUAUAGAAGUAGUCUUUUAGCAUGACUCUCUGUCCAAGCAGGACCGACUAACCCUGUCAGUUGGCAGUCUUCCAAGUUUCAACUUUUAACUUCGCUGGGCUAAUUUCAAAGGGCUUCAGCCAUUUUAAACUGAAAAAUGUUGUAGGAAUGGAUUCCGCGGUGUCAGCCUCAUUCUGUGCCACGCAUCAGUCCACUGUGCGAUCCGGUCAAGCAUCAGAUACUGGGACAGGGCUAAAUAUGGCAACGCACAUGCCCCAAGGCGCCAUGUAAACUCGUAUGCUAGUAUGGAUGCCCUGCCCACGGUGGUUCCGCUCCGUAAAACCCAUUCGGGUUAGCAAGUCACGGAUAGGGAUCUUUCUUAAUAAUUGGUAGUAGAGGUGGCCUCAAGGCUCCGGAACUGGUUCUUAUCCCUCAUUUGCAGAUGCAAGACCGUUUUGUCUCUACUAGGAAUGGAUUUUCAGAUGAAUUGAGUCUUUUUUCAGUCUGACUGCUAGGCCAGCAGAUUCAUUAACGUCCUUCACAUCAUCUAUGUCUACGAGACACCAAUGUGACAAAAUCAGCUCAUCCGCUCAGUACCGUCGGAAUCUCAACCUGAUAUAUCAUGUAUCUCGCCGAAUGCAUAGGUAAAGAGGGCUGUCAGUUUUAAAAGGUUGUUUAAGUUUCUCAUACCCUCGGAAAAGCUAUCGGGGCCUCCUAAGUGACAGUAGGAUAAACUGUCGCCUGUUAGUCAUUUCCCCGAGUCGAACGCUGGGCAACAAAUACAUUGAGGCAAAUGGGAUACGGCUACCAAUAAGCUAGGGAGGGAGUUCGACUGUCACGAGCGACGAUGUCCACCAUGUACCCCAUGCAGGGAGGCAACACCGGCGAUUUGUGCUCGAAUUAGUUUUUAGUGUGGCAGACUUCCACAGCACCUAUCGCACUCUCCCCUAUCAAAGGCGAUACAAUGCCGAAAAUACCGGAAAUGGACUCGAGCACAGUGGCUGCAAAAGCUAAACAGCCCGGCUACAGGAUCUGGUUCACCGCAAAACGCAGCAUCGCUUCCCAGAGUAGGGGGAGCUCGGAUCUUACGCCUGUGACGGAGUCAUUGAGUCUGACCCCCAGUUCUCGACUCAGUCACACAGCGCCGACCGCGAGGACAGAGUUUUUCAGUCAGGUGACCACAACUUCUAGCGCAUCGUAAAGGUUUCAACGGGCGUCAGAUUUUUAUUGUGAGGAAUGCGCAUACGCACCACAGCGACGGGCUCCCCAAUAUCGACCCCACUCUUUCAUCCUUCCCACUAAGCAAAAGGCCGUCCCCAAGAGUUUUCCGGACAAGAUUACAAUGGACGUUUCAGGUUUAUUUACGGACACGGGGAAAUUGGGAGUGCGAACCCAGUUGGUCGCUGUAUUUGCCGUUCCACCAGUUUUUAACCGCGGGGUUUACGCACUGUCCGCCACGAUCGGUAAUAUUCGAAGUCACGUGACAGUGCCACUCACUGGUCUGGCCGGACACUCCCCGUCUGUAAUUCAAAUUCAUAGAUCCCGGUCCAGUGCGAUUUCAACUGGUUUAUUUUAACCGUAACGCAAAUCCACAUUGUACCUUCUGUCUCCUAAAAAAUCGUAGCGUUUUCGUGUCUUCAGGAGAGUGUAGGCAAGCAUUUCAGCAGAGCUUUGAAUAGGGUGGCAUUCCAACAUCCACGACCAUGCCAGAUCGGGACAAGCCAAGUCGGUGUCGAUUUAGUCUUCGGCAUUGCCGUCAGUGUCCGUAUUCUUGUGCGUCUCCUAUUACAUGCAUGCACCUUCAGUACUCGCGUGGCCCAAUAUAUGCACUAGCAUAUCACGCGUGCAUCUCAGAGGCUCCUACUAAUGGCUCGAAUUGCACCCACGCGAGCCAAGUAAGGCGUGAUUUGCGUAUGGGCCCGAUUAUCAGCUUUGUCUAGUCGGCACUGUGGUCCCACCUGGCGGUCAGCUGCCCUCUGGUACUGCCGCCGCCGUCAGCUCACGGCGUCAUAAUAGGGCCUAGUAACACCCCCCCGCCCAUCGGGCUGCAGCGGCCCAGUCUCCUCUACGUCACCACACCCCUGCCCCCCACUGGUGGCGUUGUCAGCACUGGCCGGUGGAACGGCAGCAGCACCUAUCCCAACAGACAGCGCCACGCCAUUCGCGUAAUCACUGCCUUCUGCACACAGCAACCCGUGCUUUACCAACCCCCAACCUCCCCCCGUUUACGGAGGGGGGAGAGCGCCCGAUGGCCACGCCAGGUGCCGCCGCUAACAGCAGGAAUGUCAAGGCAAUCAGAGACUCCGGAGGGGAGCUUGAAAUAACAUUCGUUCGCACAGUGGGGGGGGAGAGUAUGAAUGGCUCCAAAGGUCCCUCCUUUAUGACUGUUGGCAUGGCGUCUAUUCGGAGCGUCGCCUGGGGAGGGCACUCAAGGCGCUAUUACAGGUCACGAUACAAGUGACGCGCGGUUCAUAGUCCUCGCAGAAUCGUGUUACCGAGGUCGGGACCUCCAACCUACAUCGACUCAUUGUCCUCUGGACAAACUAACCUCGAGCUGGUUUUGUUUUCUGACAGUUUAUCGUGACGACCCGGAGCUGCACAUGACGCCUGCUUGGCCGACAAGAAACCCAACAAAUUUCUCGAAAUCGCCCUUCCGUUUGUACUGAUGCUAAGGUUAUGUCCAGAUUCUGCACUUAUUCUGACGGAAUUAUAAUUUUUAACCAAAAGUACACUCAUCCAAUCACCAUGACAGUGAAGCGGGAAAAUUAAAUCAAACCAUAAGAAGGAACAACAUAAACCCUAUGUGGUUGCUAGAGUGUCCAGUUAGACCGACAGUUUUGUCAAGUUGAAGAGUGCACAAUGACGGAUGUCGCCGAGCCACUAUUAGUUGACCAUAAACGUCAACCCGACCGUCUCAAAUGACGAUGGCAACCGCGUGCCCCACGAAGUAAGGACAGCACCGGUGGGCUAUGCGUGAAUUAGUCAGUGGUGAUACCAGACUUUCGCAGCGUCUUUCGUACUCCCUCCUACCUCAUCCAUCCGGGCCUUGUGGGAUCGGGCGCAGAGUCAAAAUGUCCGUCUACGCCUGCGACACACGACGUGAUCUCACUAUGUUCACCGAACCUCUGUGGGGGGUUUGUCCACGUCUUCUGCUUGUCCGUCAGUCGACGGCCGCCAUUCGGUCGGGAUCGCGUCGGAUCCUGGUACUUCGUCCCUGGACAUAUUGGAUACAGCCUUGCAGCCAGGGUGGGCAGCCCAGACUGCCCCGAAGUGAUUCGUCCAGCGCUUCAGAGUGUGCGAUUUAUCCACUUGGAGCUUUGCUCUUUCGAGACUGGGUAGUGGUUGAGUUUCCUUAGUGCAAGGAAAUUUUGGUACGAUAUGGUUGUGCAGCCGCACCUUAUGAACACAAUGCUGUUAGGGGUUGGGUUUACGAGUUAUGGUUGGGGGUUAGGGGUUAGGACAACUAUUUAUCAACCACUCAAAGUACAACCGCGCAUUCCCAAUUGCUUUUUUGCAUACAAUUACUUGACCUCGUAGCCUGUGCGUUUCCAGGCCCCACCUGCGAAAACCCCCAUUACCAUGGGUCCCAUAUUACAUGUGACUGGGGUUUGUUUACUUCAGGUGCGGCUACAUAACCAUAUCUCGGAUGGAUGCGAAUAUGCGAAUCCCAGGUUCUUGUUGUACAGACGACGAAGAUCCGAUCUCUGGGACAGUAGGUUUAUUAGUCUGAGCUUUCGGGCUCGUACAGGAGGCCAUCGUCAGAGACUGUGAGAAUGCGACAUCAAAUGAGCGGUUUUUGUAGUCAAGCCACGAACGGGGGGGUGGAGAGAUAUGAGUGCAGAGGGUGGUAUUCACGAUAAGUUGAGUCCCACGCAGUCUCACGGCGGCGUGACUGCGUGCACCCUUGGCUGGCAAUUGCGUCUCGCCUCUUGGCCGCGGGAACGGAGCGCGUGAUAGCAGGGAGGUAUGUCAACUUGCCUGUUGGUAGAGUUGGUGUCAGACACCCAGGCCUCUAACAGUUCUCGUCCUGUCUUAUUGUUGGCCCGCGCCACUAUCCGUGUGCUCGCAAAGUUGAAUUCGUGGCCUUCCUCCAGGGUGUGAGUGGCGACCUGAGACAACGGGUCGCCUCUCCGGACCGCCCGUUUGUGCUCCGUUAUUCGUGAGCUAAGUCGUCGUCCGGUUUGUCCUGUUUGAUGUCGCAUUCUCAGUCCCUGACGAUGGCCUCCUGUACGAGACCGAAAGCUCAGACUAAUAAACCUACUUUCCCAGGGAUCGGGUCGUCAUCUUCUUUAUAGCCACAUCUGAUCGAAAUUUUCCCAUCUUUGCGGCUCAUGUAGCUUCGCGACCAUAAGUAGAUGAUAAUUAACCUAUAUUUUAGGUCGAACGAAGUAAGCCCUCCGCCAGUUAAUAGAAAAUGAGUAGUCCAGCAGGCUUCUGGACGAAUUAGGCAGUGAAUACCAGUUGCGAUACGACAUCAACGAGAUGAUCGUCUUCAGGGCCGGUGGUAGAGGGCGGGCUACAACGAAUGCGUCCGUCUAUAAAGAUUGCCCCGUCUCUAAACCAAGAGGUAUGACGGCGAAGUCUUCUAAACAAUACGAGGUAGCACAUCCGUUUUUCUGAGAGGAAGGACUCAUCGAAACAGACAUAAUGAACCGUCGAGAUUUCGCAGAGCUCAGUCGGCUCACCGUUGUUAAGCGUUGAUGUGUCGAGUUGGUCGCGCUUGGGCCAGUCGAUAUUUUUCUUCUUUCGCUGCGUCUGCCGUCCGGCGGGUAUUUGACCGACACGACAACAGCGUGCGUGGAGGUUGAUCCGUCUGGUAGAUAUUUUUCUCACCCGCCGGGAGAUUUUUUCGUCAAGCCGUGUCUGCUCGGUUUUCGUAAGUUGUAUGUGACCGUCUUGUUCUCGCCUCCGUGUUAGAAAUGACUCAAGUCUUUAUAAGCUGCAGGGGGGAGGCAAGAUACCUACUGAUGGGGUGUACAUCUGAACGCCAUGCCUCAUGUGUUGGUCGUUCUGUCCUUGAGCUGCCUUGACAUAAAAUGGUCGUUCUCUGACGGUCAGAACGAAACUAGGACAUCCGCAAUAGAGGUAGGCUUGCGCCAUAUUCCAGGGAGAGUAUCUUUUUGUGUGCCUUAGUUCUUACCGUAAAAUUAAACCUAACCCGAACCUUAGCCUUAACUAAAUCUCCCUAGAAUUUAACGGAUGGUCACCCGUAUUACGGGGGAGGUCGCUAAUCCUGUGUCCUACCGUACAAACAAUUUCCCCAAUGUGCGUUGAAAGCUUGGAGCUUGGGCCUAAAGCCUGCUGAUAGGCUAUCGAAUAUGUGGAGGCUAGUAGAGGUAAUUUGGCUAAGUCACACCGAAAGAGGGGCAAUAUGGGCUUUCAUUAAAUUGCUCACUGGAAGACCUACUAUUAUGAGAUAAUCGCGGACACAAUAGCCGUCGAAUCGAAUCGCCGGACAGGUGGCAUUUCAUGCUGAUGGUAAGUUACCUAAAGAGAAGCUGAACUCAGUGGAAGGAAGGUUAAAUUAAUAAUAGUUGUCCUUGUUUCCGCGUCUGCAUGGACCUACGAGGCCCGCUGACCAUUUGGAAGUCCGGAGGCUCUUUCGUUUCGCGGCAGAGGAAGAUUAGAAAACGGACAAAUAAAAUUGUCGCCUGCCGGGCACUUUGGACACCACGGAGACACCUAUGCGAAUUCAGAUGAUCACUGUCAGAUUGCUGCAAUUUGUCGCACUCUUCCUUAGGACGCCUCGUGAAAGCAAUUUGUGAAAGGCGGCUGGUAUACGGUCUAGUGAGAAGAGUUUUCUUAGGACCGAGAAAAUCCAAAACAGCCUUGACGGGAGUAAGGAGAAAGCUGGUGUACAAAUGAACGACAUGGAAUUUUAAAACUAAUCAGUGUUUGUGAAGCGGAGAGUAGUCAAUGGGUGGGGGAGGAAUCAGGUGACGCAGUUGCGUAUGUACUCCUAACCGUUUAAGGACUCCUGCCCUGUCCUGAAAAAUGCAUAAAGAUGCUUCAUAGCCAUAACUGAGCGCCAUCUUGCACUAUCACUUGUCCGUCAAGGACAACUCUGAUAUUCCAACUUCGCGCCCAUAACACACUCAAUCCAAAUCAUGAUGGACUGUCGAAAGUUUUGCUUCCUGCUGCUGGAGGAAGACACAUCGUGAUCAAAAACUUUUACGAUGACAUAUGACACUUGCAAACACUGUUAUAACUGGACGUAGGCACUGACCCACGACUGCGAGUUUCGAGGACUCCAACGGCAAAUUCGGGCGAAACUGUCACGACUGAAGAGUACCAAAGCUAGCUGACAGAGGACAGUAACCGCAAUAAACACCGAUCUAUCCUGGCCGAAACGUGGGCUACGGACGUUGCCUUUUUCCCUUGGAAAUAAGUAGUUUAAGUUCUGUCCAUUGCUCAUUGCCAUGCUUCGAAUUGUGGGAACUCUGGGGCAGAGCAUAAAGGCAAAAACGCACGCCUUGUCUCCAUUUUUAUAACCCUGGACGAACGCGCCGACCGAUUGAACCCAGUUUCAACUUGAAAGUCUCUUGCGCCUGCCUGAUUGAUGAUGAUGACGAAGGCAGAUUCCGCGGUCUUGGUUCUUAUUGUCUUCGUGGGUCGUGUUACUCGACAGAUUUGAGUUGGACAUGGGAAAAAGAUCCCCUCCCACCUAUUACAGGCGGUCUUGCGCCAAAUUCCAAGGUGUGUAUUUUCCCGUGUCGUUGCCCUAACCCUAAUUCUCAAAACUUUGACCCUGGUCUGAACCCUAACCCUGGCCCUGACAUAAGCCAUAAAUUAACCUUCUCUCGGACUUGUAGCGUACGGUAGAUGUGCUAACCCGUUAAGUGUUGACAGAAAUCCUGAAGUGCAUCUUCGACUCGAAAAGACUUCUUAACUAGGUUUAUAAUAUUAAUUAUUGUGCGGCAUAAUCCCUACUUUAGAACGAACUUCUCGGUCGCCUGUAAAAAACGAAAUUCUGUAAAAAUGAUUUCUUAGGCAGUAUGAACUUUUCUCACUGAUUUUCGAUGCCCUUAUAAAGUCAGAUGUAUCUUACAGAAAACGUGCAUAAAAAUCUUCCUUCUUUUAAUAAUUCGGUUGAAAUUUACGUCUCCUUCGAAGUUCAUACAUGAAGGACGGUAUAAUUCGGUUUUAAAAAUUUUCUGAUUACGAAUCGUUUUAAGACUCUGAUGUGCCCGUUCAUAAAACAUUGUGUCGGCGCAUUCACUACUGUUGCGAGCGAGUACAUACUUCCAGUUACCUCAGAUGUACAUACUGCUCGCUCUUUCAGAGAAGACCAGGAAGGCGAGACAUUUGUCGCAAUGUCUUCUUCUCAAUGGAGCUCUGGUGAUGGGACGGAUUAAGUUCAGAGGAUGUUUAGAAAUUUCAAAAAUCCCUAAAUAAUUUAGAUAUCCUGCCCAGAUUAAGGGCAAAGAACAGCGAACGCGUGUGUACUGAUGAAUUUAAUCCCUGGGUAAAGUAGUGACUGACGGCUUUUUAACGCGGACACUUGUUAUUUUGGAAAUGAAAGGUGAAGUAGGGCAUGAAACAGUACCAUUGGAAGCGGAUUAUGCGCUCGGAUUUCAGGCAGUUCCUACUGGCGACCCAAGGUCCUUACAUCUUUCAGAUUUAAGUAGCCGGUUAUUGUGUCAUCUGCGUGUUUUGUUAAUUUUGGGGUUCUCAGGUCAUGAAAUGAAGUGAUAAAGCAGGUUAACACGACCUGUCAUAUAUGAAAUUUGUUAGAACAAAAGCACGAACUGUGACUCCCCCGCAAAAGCCCCCGAGAUAGGGAAAUGUAGUUGAUACACUUCACGACGAGAUUCCUAAACAACCAUUUUUUGACAAAUGCAGAGAAUUAUGCUUCUAAAACGCCCAACCAACAUUGUCUGAUAAACACGGGACCAAUGAUUUUCAGGCAAAAUCUCCAACUAGCGGUAAUGGAAGAGCGGUAGCUUUAGAACUGGCUUUACUGAAUUGUUCUGCUACGGGAUGACCAAAGAGCUUCCUGUCAAUGCCGAUAUUUACCCAUUUCAAGGUUUAGACAUACAUGAGGGACAAAUAUGGGAUUGGAAGUUUAGAACCAAUGUCGAAUGCCCCCACCCCCUCCCAUGUCAGCUUCCCUCACGGUGAUGUGAAAUGGAGGUACCCAGACCUUACAUUAUUACUGCGCAUCGACGAUCCGGCCACGGCUCACGCGCUGGGACUUGUACAAAUAAACAGAGACUUUCACGCGAGAACCCACCUACUGUAAGCCUCGUCCCCUGCUCCCGUCACAUGAUUUCUGCCACGGCGGUGAUGGGGGGGGGGGAGUAGGUAGGGGCGCCUCUGCGUGGUCCAGCGUUCCAGUGUUGCACCUCCCCGUUCAAGUGCUUUAAAGGACGGCUCACUAACACAACAGCUCUUACAUAUGAGAGUGGUUUCACAUUUCUGCUCGCGUCCCGUGAUGCACUGGAUGAGUUAAGACAAAUUAAAGUAACAGACAUCAGAGGUAAAACCUCUGGGCAUCUGCCACCUCAAAUAAAACCGAAUGUUUUGUCAGAUUUUAUGGGGACUAAGAGCAGCUAAUAAAACAAAGCAGUGCUCUGCACAAGAUUAGAAUAAGGAAGCAUAACAAUCUCGCAGACGAGUAGACUGAACGCGAACUUCAGUUUCCUCCUCCUCCUCCUCCUCCUCCUCCUCCUCCUCCCUUUCCUUUUCUCAUUCCACCCCUCCCGGUCUCCCCCUCGAUUUAUCGACAACCCUAUUCACUCCCCGGUCAUUCACAUAAUCCUCAACUAAAUCGACCUGCUCAAAUUAUUCGACGCUCUCAUCCUUAAAUAACAGCCGCGGGUAUGAAGGCGCGUAACAGGAUAAAAAGUCUGGCUAUGGCUCGAUUCGACAGGGAGGAAAUUGAGAGGCAGAGAAGGGCUGCAGGAUCAAAACAUGGCUUGGGUGGAAACGCCUUCGGUCUGCGAUGAACGCAUAAAAGAACACAAAUCAGGACAUGGUGCGGCCAACGUGGUUCCCACGAUGUCGGUCCGGCCGAUCGUCCCGUGGGAAGGUGUACUAGCGGAUGCAGUUGUCACCACGUCAUAAUUCCACUCACGAAUCCGCGAUAAGGCGCGCAGCUGGGGAUGCGGUCGGCUGAAUAAGAGGGUCAGUCGAAACAUCAACUGAUUUCCCCCGACAAUGAUAACAUCUUAUUAAAAUGCCUGGAUUUACACAGGAGGCGAGUAGAACUUAGUAUUUCACUCGGUACCAGUUAGUGUUUUACAGAAAAAACUCACCUUAACAUUACCUGGGCGUUCUGCCGAGUUUUCUUGGGAUUGUGAGUCGUGUCAUCGCGACAGGCAGCAGAAUAUUCGCUCAAAACGUAUCCUGUCCGUGCUGUGUUUAGGGAGAAUUUAAAAUCCUGCUAGGCCAAUGGCACUUUAAGAAGUUAUCACUUUCACAUUGAGAUCUAUUUACUGCUAAACUGGGUGUCCCACCUCAAAAGGCGUCCCUAACAUCUUUGAAAUGAACUGCUACUAAGGAUGCCACACAAUUUAACAGCCCCCUCUGAAAAUAGGGCCAUUCAUAAGUUGCCAUCGAGAGAAGGGUAGAAUGUGAAGAAGUCAAUAAUUCCUAAGUUCAUAAAGAUUGUGCAAAUAAUGAGUGGUUAGAAGUCUAACUAAGGCAGCUCUAUAAUCCCUCUCGUCAUCCGGUCAUUCUGGAGAACAGGAGUGUUUACUCACAGCGGGAGAAAGUCAAAGGCCUUAAGAUAAAUUCAGUUUCAGUUCUUUCCAAAAAGCAGACUCCUCGACUGACCACAGGUUUCACACAUGACCAAAAAUUGAUCUGGUCGUGAAUAUCAAUCAGGUCAGGGUUCAGUCUGAAGUCGCCCAAAAUACUCCUCAAAAUGAAACAAGUUCCAGUAGGUAAGCUAACUCAUGAAAUGUCAACUUAAAUUCCGAAAUGCAUUUUCGUAUCAGUCUGCAAUUUAAUUCUAUAAUAAUUCAGUUAUCUCUCGAUGCCGUCUUUCAAAAGAACUUCCUUUCGGCUGCAAGCGGAAACUACACUCUGUAAAAGAUGGCUACAUAAGAAGCAUGCAUUUUUCUUAUUGAUUUUCGAUGCCCCUAAAAAUCUAAUAAUAUUUUAUAGAAAACAUACGUAAGAAUAUUCAUUCUUCCACUCAUUCGGUAAGAAAUUACGUCUUCUUUCAAUUUCUUGCUCGAAGGAGGGGCACAAUUCGGUUUUAAAAAGUUUCUAAUUGUGGAACUUUUUAAUACUGUAAAAUGGCCGUUCAUACAUAAAUCGUCAUGCCUCUGCAUUUACCAGUGUGGCUUGUAAAGUUAACAAUAUGGAUCAAAUCCACUGCGAAAUUUUAGGAACCCCAUAUAGGCUUCUCUUAACACCGUAGAGAAAUGUAUGAUUUUUGUACGUGGAAAAUACAUGGCUUGUAGUUUGGUAACCCCGAAUGCAAGUGUAACGGCAAAGCAGGUUCAAAAUAUUUCUGGAAUUGGAAAAGUUUUUAGAAACCCAACAACAUCCUUCCUUCGAGUAUAACAUUAAAAUGAGUCGUUAUUUUCUACCGAAUGACCAGAAGAAUGAAUGUUCUUAUGAAUGUUUUCCAUAAAAUAUAAUUAGACUUUUAUGGGCAUCGAAAAUCAAUAAGAAAAAUGCAUGCUACAUAAGUACUCAUUUUUUCAGGGUAUAAUUUUUGCAUGCAGACGGAAGGAAGUUCUUUCGAACGCCGGCGUCCUGAGUUUAUUGAAUUAUUAUAGAAUUUUACUGCAGACGGAUUAGUUUUUACAACCCUACUUAAUCUUUCUGAAGCCAAAACACAAUUCGGAAUUUCAUUUGAAAUUUCAUUAGUUAUCCCACAUACCGUAUGUGCAGGACUGUCUUUCUGACUGGGCUGCCGUAAGACACGGCGGCGUUGGUUGUGUACGAAAGUUAGGUGUAUGUGCCCCAAGUUAGAGGGGGGGGGUGUACAAGCCGAAGGUCAGACGCCCGUGUCCCUGCAAAACCGCUUCGUUUGGACACAGGCGCGACCAUCGCCGUCUUGCACUCUUGCUCGUAAACUCGGCUGCUGAAUGUGAGGGCAGUCUUAAGACAUAUUUGCGGAAGCUCGAUGAUGUUCAUUCGCUUGUGAUAUUGUCGGUCUUGUGGAGAUGGCCGGGUAUAUGGCCGGGGGUAAUGUCAUAGGCUGGCUGGUGGCUAAUUAGCACAAAGGUGUGAACAGGGGUACAUGACCUUGAACGUUCGCUUGUCACGCGUUUGUGGCAUGAUGUCCUGACAGCCCGGGCAGCACACGCUGCAGGUCUCAUCAUACUUUUAUCCCAGAAAUCUGUCGAUAGCUAGGCCGGAUGGAAUAGAGGCAAAUAACGAAAUCACGUCAAACGCCACCACAAUGCCAUCAGCCUCCACUUUUAAAUGUCGAAUGCGCUUCAAAACUCUCCACUCGAUUUCACUGUCAACUCCGAAUCCCUGGUGAGGAAACAAAGUCGUUGGUAAAGCCACUUUGACAGCCCAAAAGAUGGAGCGCUAGAUAGUGGAACGAUGGGGCUUAGUGGCACUCCUGGCAUGUGUACCAUUGGCAUCAAUGGCAGCUGUGGUCAGCGCUGCCACUCUCGUGAGGGCUCAUGUGUUCCGACCGAUUUGUUGCGCCUACUAGCUUAUAGGAUCCUCUGACUGCCAAUGGCACAUAAGACUCCUUGCCCAUGGCAACCGUCCAGGGUCCCUUGUCAGUAGAAGGGUAACCAUCUCCUUAAUGACAGAGGGGCGAGCACCGAUCGCGUCACGAAAGUCACUCGUCCCGUGGCGCCUUGGGGCUCUCUCUCGAGCCCCGACAGCAGUCGCACAGCGGCGCAUGGUAUAGGUAAAAUAGUCUACCGACAAAGACGAGGCAGACCGGAGCGGCCACUUGUGGCCUGUUAGCUGCCAUCAGUCAGCCAUACCUAACCCCGAGGUAUGCAACACCCGAGACUCGAACUCGCGAUCUGUUGGAUAGAAGUUCACAGUUCAAACCAUUAAGCCAAGGGCUAGUUUUUCUGUCGAGUGCGCCUCUCUACCGCUGUUUAUAUAGUUAUUCGCAACCGACGGGACAAAGAGCCCUGGCCCAAUGGUUAGAGUGUUGAACUUUUUAAUUAACAGGUCAUGGGUCUGAGCCACGGGAAGACUGCAUACGUCGGGGUGAGUGGGACUGACCGAUGACGUCUAACAGCCGACUUCGGCUGCCUAACUGCGCGAUAAGGCGGCGUUUUACUGUCAGCUACAAGCGUUCGUUGAAAGACACCCUCGUCGCGAUCUCCAGAUUGUUGCUGGGGCUUGAAAUGGUCGAAAUGGACAUGGCGACUCUACAAACAGGCACCUUAUUGGUCACUUUGGACUCGGCUCUCAAUGUGAACAAUGCGAGAUACUGCUGAACGUCGCUGGUAAGAACCGACUGCUUGCCACAAAAAACGUGCUUCCAGCAUCGCAACAAACAUCUGCUGACUUUGUAUUCAAACAACGGUUAAACGGUCAGUCAGAGUGACUACAUGCUGGUCAGCUCAAGGUUUCGUAGCCGGGUUCCCGAUAGCAGAUCGUUGCGUGGUACCGAAACUGGUAACAUAUAUGUGACGGACCAUGUCGUCGUCCGUACACAGUUGAAAGCCCGCCUCUCCUUCGUGUCAAAAAUGUCACGUCUCAGACGUCUUGAUCCAGCAACUCAGAACUGUUACGGCCCUGAAUAGAGAAAUCUGCUCCUGUUUUACGACCCGAGCCGACAGAGAAGGCAGUAACUAGUGGUCGUCGCUGAGAACAUCAGUGUAUGAGGCAGCAGAGAAAAUUCUUGGAUAUACUCAGCGAUGCCGGAGCUACUAGAUCAGCGGAAGAACUCUGGAGUUGGCUGCUCAGAUGGCUCGAGCCUGAUCUCUAAUGAUGAUUGCAUCCGCUAACUCCGAAAGAUGACAACAAAGUCGGCCAGGAAUGACGGAAGGCAAUAUUUGGCCGAAAAAGCGACCUCAUGGAGCACGCCUCGAACGUUGGUGACACUUAAAAUUCUAAUAACUUAUCCACAACGUUUGUGGUAAGCCUCCUGCACUAAGUGGCUUAUUUUGCGAUGCAAAGAGUGGUUUUAUUGCUGACAACUCGGCCAAUGUCGACUGCUGGCGUGAGCGCUUCGGGUAUCAUCUCAAUUUCGAUGCCAAACCCAUCACGCGUUUGUUCUCCCCUGCAGCUGAGUUUCUUUCAUCUAUAACCUAUGCGGUGCCAUGCGACCGCCGUUCUGAAAGAGAAGUCAACGAUGCCAUACAAAGGCUACGCAACAACAAGGCAGCCGGAGAGGAUGGUGUAGCCGCUGAAAUCUUCAAGUCUUGUGUCGACAUUCUGGCGCCCUGA